AUGAAGGAUUUGGAAAGUCUGAUAUUUACAGAGGAGAAACUGGGACAGGCUGAGAAGACCGAGCUGGACACACACUUUGAGAAUCUGCUGUCCAGAGCUGACUGCACCAAAAACUGGACCGAGAAAAUCUACAGACAGACUGAAGUUCUGCUUCAGCCAAACCCUGGUGCUCGCAUCGAAGAGUUCCUGUAUGAAAAGCUUGACCGGAAGGUUCCCCCGCGGCCCACUAAUGGAGAGAUCUUAGGCCAGUUCAUGCUGGAGGCAGCGAAGGAGUUUGGACCAGGAACCCCGUACGGAAGCACUCUAAUCAAAGUGGGCGACUGUCAGAGGAGACUGGGUGGCGCUGAGAGAGAGUUUCUGCAGACCUCAUCCAUUAGCUUCCUCACACCCCUACACAACUUUCUGGAGGGCGACUGGAGGACCAUUUCUAGAGAGCGGAGACUCCUGGAGAAUCGGCGCUUGGAUCUCGACGCCUGUAAAGCGCGACUCAAGAAGGCCAAAGCGGCGGAGACCAAAGCGGCUUGUGAGGGAGAA